UGGCCUGCGAGUAUGGCAUGGUCCACGUGGUCUCGGAGGGCAGCGGCCCCAAAGGCAAGGACUACUGCAUUCUGUACAACCCGCAGUGGGCACACCUGCCGCAGGACCUGGGCAAGGCCUCUCUCCUGCAGCUGCGGGACUGGACGGCGUCCCUGCUCUGCUCCCCCAGUGACCUCCCAGCCAGUGGCUUUAGCAACCAGAUCCCCCUGGUGACCCGAGGGAACUGCACCUUCUACGAGAAAGUGCGGCUGGCGCAGGGCAGCGGCGCCCGCGGGCUGCUCGUCGUCAGCAAGGAGAAGCUGGUCCCCCCCGGAGGCAACAAGACGCAGUACGAGGAGAUCGGCAUCCCUGUGGGCCUGCUCAGCUACCGGGACAUGCUGGCCAUCUUCAGGCGCUUUGGCCACGCGGUGCGGGUGGCGCUGUACGCGCCCAGCGAGCCGGUGCUGGACUACAACAUGGUCAUCAUCUUCAUCAUGGCCGUGGCCACCGUCGCUGUCGGGGGCUACUGGGCCGGGAGCGGAGACGUCAAGAAGUACAUGAAGCACAAGCGCGACGACGGGCCAGAGAAGCAGGAGGACGAGGCGGUGGACGUGACGCCCGUCAUGAUCUGCGUGUUCGUGGUCAUGUGCUGCCUCAUGCUCGUGCUGCUCUACUACUUCUACGACCACCUGGUCUACGUGAUCAUCGCCAUCUUCUGCCUGGCUUCCUCCACCGGCCUCUACAGUUGCCUGGCGCCCUGUGUAAGCAGGCUGCCCUUUGGCAAGUGCAGGGUCCCGGACAACAGCCUGCCCUACUUCCACAAGCGCCCCCAGGUCCGCAUGCUGCUGCUGGCGCUCUUCUGCGUGGCCGUGAGCAUGGUAUGGGGCGUCUUCCGCAAUGAAGACCAGUGGGCCUGGGUCCUGCAGGAUGCGCUGGGCAUCGCUUUCUGCCUCUACAUGCUGAAGACCAUCCGCCUCCCCACAUUCAAGGCCUGCACACUGCUGCUGCUGGUGCUCUUCAUCUACGAUGUCUUCUUUGUCUUCAUCACACCCUUCCUCACCAAGAGUGGAAAUAGCAUCAUGGUGGAGGUGGCCACCGGGCCCUCGGACUCAGCCACCCACGAGAAGCUGCCCAUGGUGCUGAAGGUGCCCCGGCUGAACGCCUCGCCGCUGGCCCUGUGCGACCGGCCCUUCUCCCUCCUGGGCUUCGGAGACAUCUUGGUACCAGGCCUGCUGGUGGCCUACUGCCACAGGUUCGACAUCCAGGUGCAGUCCUCCCGGGUCUACUUCGUGGCCUGCACCAUCGCCUACGGCAUAGGCCUCCUGGUGACGUUCCUGGCGCUGGUGCUCAUGCAGCGCGGCCAGCCCGCCCUCCUCUACCUGGUGCCCUGCACGCUGUUCACCAGCUGCGCCGUGGCGCUGUGGCGCCGGGAGCUGGCCAUGUUCUGGACCGGCAGCGGCUUUGCGAAGGACCUACCUCAGCCCCCGUGGGCGCCCGCCACCACGCUGCAGCCUCCAAAGGACUCGGAGCCUCUCCCCACAGGCCAAGAGCUGCCCAAGGCCCCCCUGCCCGCCACGCAGUCCCCGGACCCGGCCGGCACCACGCCCGCGCCCCAGGAGACGGGGGCCGAAGCUCCUGCCCCAGAACCAUCGAGCCCAGCUGGCAGCGGCCUAGGACCUGGCAGCCAGGAGCAGGCCCUGCCCGGGACUUCAGCCUAGAGAGAUCCUAGGGCCUGGGCCCCAAGCAGCCAUCCAAGCCCCACUGACACGACUUGACUUGGGAUGCAUUCCCGACUUGGUGCUCCGUCCUUGGGGGGAGGGGGGCCCUCCUGCAGCUGCGCCUUGGCCCCAGCCUGCUCUGUGCUUGGCCACACAGCCGACCCCCCCCCCCCCCCCGCUCUGCAGUCUUCCUGGCCUCGGGAGGCUCCGCCGCCCACUCUGCCCAGGGUCUGUGCAGUGAGGCCCCCACACUUGGUGCUGCACCCCAACGCUUCCCAGGGGUUUCCCUCCGUGGGCCUGCGCUUGGCCGAAAGGAAAUGCAGAAGCCGCUGGCUGCCGUGCGGUUCCCUGGGGGACGUGGCUGGAGACAUCUGGGAGGUCCCCCCCCCACGCCUCAGCCGGCAGGUGACCGCUGGGGUGGGGACGCCCGGACACCCGCCCACACCUGCGCGGUAACCCCUUCGCCCCGAGACGCCCUGUGGCACGGGCGGGGCUCCUCCAGCCACGGCAGGCAGCAUCUGGAGCGAGGUGGAAUGUUCCAGAGCUGACCAUCCGCCCUCUACCUCACGGAUGGGGUCCUUGGUCCUGCAGCAGGUGCCCGCGGCCCGCCGGCCCUGGAGCGGCCGAGCCUGGCCCUGGCCUCCCGUCCAGCUCACUGCCUCCACCGGGGGAAAGCGGAGGCCGGGUGCAGCAGCCACCGCGGGCACACGGCCACCUGGCGAUGCGCUCAGCUCCCCGCGGGGGACGUGGGGUGAGCUGCGCCCCCUCCAGAAGCCAGUAGCCCUGAAACUGACCCGCCUGGACCUUCCCGCCCAGCCACCCCCGCUCCCGCCACAGGACCCGCCUCAGCUCAUUUGACCUGAGAUUGGGGGGGCGAGCAUGGUCUGGGGGUCCCUGGCGGCAGCUAUGACUUUGUAUGUGUCACCUUGCUCCCUUCACAUCUACGAUUAAACAGCUUUUGAUACCUA